AAUAAAGAAGAAGAAGAAGAUUUCCUUUUGAAGCGGGUGUGUAUCUGUGCCAAGGAUUGCCUUGUCAUUGUAUUCAGAAAGAAACGCGUGGUCAGCGGCACCACCGACAGCUCUUCUGCAGCCUCACUGGUACAUGGUGGUGUCUAAAGUCAGACUUUGAGCCAGAUAUGGAUUUAGAAAAAAGUGGUGAGCUUUUAGAUGUGUCAGUGCCUCCACAGCACGAGGAGAGUGUAAUGGAAAAAGAGGUUGUGUCAAAACUGGAGGCACCAGAGGAAUCCACAGAGCCUGAGAAGCCACCAGCUGCUGAUGAAGAGACUGAGCAGCUGCCUGUGAACGGCCACGAUACAGAGGUCUUAAACUUGAAAGAAACAGGGGAGUUGAUUGUGACAGAAACUGUUACUGUGUCUGAGGAAAUGACAGAAAUGGAAAUAGAGGACAGCCUGCCCAUAGAAGAAUCUGAAAUGGAGUCGGAGCCUGUUGCGGUGGCUCCACCAGAACUAGAUGAGUCAUCUGAAAAGAUCUCUGACCCAGUGGCAGCUUUAGACACAGAACCAGAAAACGCUCAACAGCAGCCAGAGCCGGAGAAUGACCCAGAACCUUUGCUUGUGCAAACACCUCUGGCAGACAUUGCCCCUGAACUGGAGCCAGAGAAAUUGUCAGAAUCCGUGUCUGAAGCUGAAAUACAAGAGCAAACAUCGCCUGAACCAGCAGCUCUGCAGCAGCUGGUAGAUAUAUAUCCACCCAGCCACGAAGACAAAGAGUCAGAGCAGGAGGAAACUGACACAAAACUGCAGACUUCAAUGGAUACUGAGCCAGAAGACGUUACCAAGGAGAGUGUGGAAGAAAAUGAUGUGGCAGCCGAGCCUAUGAAGGAGGCAGAAGAAGAAAAACCUGCAAAAGAGGAAAAAUUAGUGGAGACUGUGUCAGCGAUGGAAGUCCUCGCAGAGCAGCCAGCUGAAACUGAAAAAAUAGUGGAGACUGUGUUUGUGACAGAAGUUCUCCAAGAGAAGCUGACUGAAACUGAAAAAGUAGUGGAGUCUGUGUCAGUGAUGGAAGUUCUCCAAGAGAAGCCGGCUGAAACUGAAAAAGUAGUGGAGGCUGUGUCAGUGACGGAAGUUCUCCAAGAGAAGCCGGCUGAAACCGAAAAGGUAGUGGAGACUGUGUUUGUGGUGGAAGCUUCCCCAGAAAAACCAGUAGAAUCAGAGAAAGUAGUGGAGACUGUGUCAGCGAUGGAAGCUCUCCCAGAGAAGCCUGCAGAAGCUGAAAAGUUUGUAGAACCUGUGCUGGUGGCAGACAUUUCCCCAGAAAAGCCAGCACUGACCCUAAAGGAGGAGGCAGCAGCAGCUGAAAUUGAAACUGUAAAGCCUGCAGAGGAGAAGAAGGAAGCUGAACCAGAAAAACCAUUAGGGGCUGAUGCUCUUCAGGGAGCUGAGGCUGCAGCAGAAGGGGAAGGUGUCGCAUCUGCGAUGAAGGAUGCUGAACCUCAAAAAGAAGAGGAAACAGUCCCUGCAGCCGGCUCCCUUGCCUUCGCUCUUCUGGAACAAGAGCAGACCAAAAACUCCCUGCGAACAUCUCGCACGAUGGUUGUCCUAAGAGGCCUCCCAGGAAGUGGAAAAAGCUUCCUGGCGAAUGCUAUAGCUGAUACUUACAAAGACCACUGCUCCAUCUUCUGUGCUGAUGACCAUGGUGUAAAGCCAGAGAGUCCAGAAACAUCCACUGAUGGUUUCAAAGCUCUGGAUGAGGCCCUGGUAUCCUGCUGCAGUGCAGGGGCAGCUUCCUCUGUGAUGGUGGUGGUGGAUGACACAAACCACACCCAGGACAGGCUGGCCCAUCUUGGGGAGCUUGCAGAGCAGCACCAUCUUGUUGCUGUGUUCCUGGAGCCACGUACUGAAUGGAGCAGAGACCUGUCACGGCUGAUCAAUAAGAGCAGGCGUGGUCUGGAGGAGGCCCAGCUGGAAGCCAUGAAAGGCCCACUCGCAGACGUGUCCCUCCCUCUUUACUUCGGCUGGUUUCUGCUCUCCUCCGUGCAGGACAAGGUCAGGUGCACUUCCAUGGACUUCCUGAAGACACUGGACACAAUGGAUGCAUUUAAGAAGCACUUGAUUGACUUCACUGGGAAAGCAGAGACGGAGGUGGAUUUGGAGCAAUACUUUCAUGCCAAAGGAACCCUCCACUGCACUACAAAAUUCUGUGACUACGGGAAAGCAGAGGGUGCCAAAGAGUAUGCAGCAAAUCCAGCGGUUACAGAGUCCUACGGUUCUGUGUCUGAGCUCUCACUGAGUGCUCUUUUUGUCACUCCGCGCACUGUUGGAGCAAGAGUGUCCCUUACCGAUGAGCAGCUUCUGCUGUGGCCGGCCGAUGCCGAGAAGGAGGCAGAUGUCCCGGCAGCUGCCUCCUUCCCCCGGGGGAGCCGCGCCCACGUCACCCUGGGCUGUGCAGAGGGUGUCGAGCCGGUUCAAACAGGUCUUGAUCUGCUGGAAAUCCUGGCCCUGCUGGAGGAAGGCCAGCAGGGGGAGCUGAAGGAAGAGAUGGAGCUGGGCUCGCUGACAUACUAUGGCAGUGGAAGGUGGCUGCUCAGUCUGAGAGAGCCCAUCUGUGCCCCAGCGUGCUUCUCUAGCUACUACGGGCGCAAGGAGCCUGGGCCACCCAAAAAGGAUGCAGAGAGGAGGAAGAGGCCAAAGUGCACCAUACUGUAGAUGGCAAACAUAGGGGUGUGUGGUUGGGAUGACUGAUGGGUUAGAACUUGGGCUUACUCUGUGAAUGGUUUGUGUGUUUGUGCAGCGUUAAGGGUUUCAGCUGGAGCCACCUUAAAUCCACAAGCUGUGUGCCUUUUUUACUAUUGAUUUGCACCACGACCCAAGAUGCCUUUAAAUCCGGUUAGGUUUGCUGUUAACGUUCAGUAUCUUGUUCCACAUAUUGGCGCCAGAGUUUCACAACCUGGCUUUCAGCGUUGGUGUGAUUAGCUGCAGUUUUAGACUACGGUAGUGUAACCUCCUCCCACAGCUCCACAGUAAUCAUAUCUUUCAUAUACUCUUCUUUCUGUCAGUGUAUCUCAGUAAACAGGUAACAGGUUUAGAUACUUUCAUUGCAUGUAUUACAGGGAAAUGGUACCAACAUAUUCACAUGUUUUCAACUCGCUAUAAGUUCCUCUGCUGCUUCAUCACUCUGUCUGGUGUCUCCUUUGUCCACGCUGUCACUUCUGUGUAAUGUUUAUGCAGCCUAGAGAAAAAAGUAGCAUAUGGGCCAAAGUUAUCAAUUUGUUUAAGUGUAUUAGAAUGAUUGUCAUUAAUAGAGAUCCUUCCACUCUAAAUCUUUGCACUGUGCAUUGGUUGAAGGGAGACUUCUGAUGAUUUAUGUAUUUGUUCCAGCAGCUAGCACUUAUUAUCAAAUGCUGUGAAUAUUCCAAGUAAAUGUUUUGCUAUCUUUUCUACUGCGCAGAACUGCGCCGUUUAUCCCUUUUAUCCUUUUUCAACAGCACUUCUAGUAUUGCAUUUCUCUUUGUAUCCUCUGUCUGUAAUUUUUGAAGGACAAGUCCUACUUUGUGUAGCUCUUCUGAAUCACUAUUUUUGCACUUGUUUUGUACACUUAAUAAAAAAGAAGAUGCUUUGCUCCAAGGAACACAA